CAUCAUCAGCCGUCAUUCGGUCGGCACUUCGGCACGGCAGUCUUUUUGGUUUUUCAUCGUAGCACGGAGUGCGAACCCCGCGUGUGUUGCCGGGAGUGUGUGAAAAUUUUAGCAUCCCAGAAAUCCAAAUCCAAUCCGCUACGGAGGAUAGGAAAUCCAGUGACCGUGUGGAAAUCCGUGGUCGUCGUCGGUUUGCGGUCCGGACGUUUGUGUAAACUGCGCGUUGACGAGUGUCCGGCGGCGGGCGUGUUUUGUGUCGAAAGAAGAAUCAGGGGCCAUUAUUGUUGAGGCAGUGCUCCUUGGGAAUUUUUGAUUGGAUUACCAGCAGGCACGAGGCUAUCGCUCAACACGAAAGAUGGAUAACGCUAAAAUUUGUGAGCUGCUCCGUGCCACCAUCGAUCCGAACCAGCGGCUCCAGGCGGAGGAACAACUAAACCAGGUUCACAAAAUCAUCGGCUUUCUGCCGAGCCUUUUGCAGGUGGUCAUGCAAAACGACGUGGACAGCCCGGUCCGCCAGGCGGGCGCCAUCUACCUGAAAAACUUGGUAACAAGCAGCUGGCAAGAUCGCGAGGCAGAACCCGGUGUUCCACUGCCGUUCUCCAUCCAUGAGCAAGACCGUGCCAUGAUCCGUGACACGAUCGUCGAAGCCAUCGUCCAUGCCCCGGAUAUUAUCCGGGUGCAGCUGUGCGUCUGUAUAAAUAAUAUCAUCAAAAACGAUUUCCCCGGACGGUGGACCCAGGUGGUGGACAAAAUCAACAUCUACCUGCAGAACCGGGAUGUGAAUGGCUGGAACGGGGCCUUGCUGUGCAUGUACCAACUGGUCAAGAACUACGAAUACAAGAAAUCCGUCGAAAGAGCUCCGCUGACCGAAGCGAUGAAUCUGUUGCUCCCUCAAAUGUACAAUCUGAUGAUGAACCUGAUCAACGAUCCAUCCGAGCAGAGCGUCCUGAUGCAAAAGCUCAUCCUGAAGAUCUUCUAUGCCCUCACGCAGUACGCUCUGCCGCUGGAAGUCAUCACCAAGGAGAUCUUCUCCAACUGGAUGGAAAUCUGCCGUCAGAUUCUGGACCGGCCGGCUCCCGAUUCGUCCCACAUCGAUGAAGAUGAACGGCCGGAAAUGCCCUGGUGGAAGGUGAAAAAAUGGGCCUCCCACAUCGUCCUCCGGAUGUUCGAGCGCUACGGCAGUCCGGGCAACGUGGUUUCGAAGGAAUACAACGAAUUUGCCGAUUGGUUCCUGCAGACCUUCACCAGCGGUUUGCUGAACGUACUGCUGAAGGUCCUCGACCAGUAUCGCAACAAAAUAUACGUUUCCCCCAGGGUCAUGACCGAUACGCUCAACUACAUCAAGCAUGCAGUUUCCCAUGCCCACUCGUGGAAGAUGCUGAAGCCGCAUUUCAUCGCCAUCAUUCAGGACGUCAUCUUCCCGCUGAUGUCGUACUCGGAAGCCGACGAGGAACUGUGGGAAGCUGACCCGAUCGAGUACAUCCGGCAGAAGUUUGACGUGUUCGACGACUACACCACGCCGGUUCCGGCCGCCGAAACCCUGCUGCACAAUUGCUGCAAAACGCGGAAAAACGUCCUCCCGCAGGUCAUGCAGAUCAUCAUGCAAAUCAUCAAUGCGCCGAAUCUGAACGCCAAGCAGAAGGACGGAGCACUGCAUAUGGUCGGUUCGUUGGCCGAUGUGCUGCUGAAGAAGAAAGUCUUCAAGGACCAGGUCGAGAAUCUGAUCAUGCAGUACGUGUUCCCGGAGUUCCAAAGCCCCCAUGGACAUCUGCGGGCUCGAGCCUGUUGGGUGCUACAUUACUUCAGCGAAAUCAAGUUGAAAAAUCAGCAGGUUUUGGCGGAGAUUAUGCGUCUGACGUCGCACGCUCUGCUGAACGACAAAGAGCUUCCGGUUAAGGUGGAAGCCGCGGUUGCCUUACAAAUGUUCCUCAUCUCCCAGGAGGAUGCGCCCAAAUACCUGGAAACUCAAAUCAAGGAGAUCACAAUGGAACUGCUGAAAAUCAUUCGCGAAACCGAAAACGAAGAUCUGACCAACGUGAUGCAGAAGAUCGUUUGCAUUUAUUCCGACCAGCUGCUUCCGAUUGCGGUGGAUAUCUGUCAACACUUGGCCACCACGUUCAGUCAGGUGCUGGAAGCGGACGAGAACUCCGACGAACGUGCCAUCACGGCCAUGGGACUGCUGAACACGAUGGAAACUCUGCUCAGCGUAAUGGAAGAACAUCCUCAGGUCAUGCUGUCGCUCCAUCCAAUCGUCCUGCAGGUGGUCGGUCACGUCCUGCAGCACAAUGUGAACGAGUUCUACGAGGAGGCUUUCUCGCUGGUGUACGAUCUGACGUCGAAGUCGGUUUCGCCCGAUAUGUGGAAGCUGCUGGAAAUUAUCUAUCAGCUAUUCCAAAAGGACGGCAUCGAUUACUUCGUCGAUAUGAUGCCUGCGCUACACAACUACAUAACUGUCGAUACGCCCGCAUUUUUGUCCAACCAGAACCAUGUGUUGGCAAUGUUCAAUAUGUGCAAAACGAUAUUAACCGGAAACGCCACCGAGGAAUCCGAGUGCAGUGCAGCCAAACUUUUGGAAGUGAUCAUCCUGCAGUGCAAGGGUCAAAUCGACGAGUGCAUUCCUAGCUUCGUAGAGCUGGUCCUGACGAGGUUAACGCGCGAGGUGAAAACCUCCGAGCUCCGGACGAUGUGCUUACAGGUCGUCAUAGCCGCCCUCUACUACAACCCGCAGCUUCUCCUCCAAGUGCUGGAAAAGAUCCCUCUCCCCGCCAGUAACGAAUCGAUAGCGUCACACUUUAUCAAACAGUGGAUCCACGAUUCGGAUUGUUUCCUAGGAAUUCACGACCGCAAGCUGUGCGUCAUUGGCCUGUGCACGCUGAUAUCCCUCGGCGACGGCAAACCCCAGGUGCUGAGCGAGCUGGGCGACAAAAUCAUUCCCACGCUGAUACUGAUAUUCGAUGGGCUGAAGCGUGCCUACGCGGCCCGAGCCGCCGAGGAAGAGGAAGAGGAAAGCGAAGAGGAAGACGACGACCUGGAGGAGGGCAUCUCCAGUGACGAGGAUGAGGUGGACGAGAUGGGACCGUCGUACUUUGAACGCGUGGCCAAACUGGCCAAGGACAAGGCGGCGGAACAUGGUUUCGAGCUGACGGCAACGAUCAAGGACGGAAACGAUUCCGACGACGAGGAUGAUGACGACGAUGACGAUGACUCCGGUGACGAACUGGAUGAAACAGCUCUCGAAGGCUUCAGCACACCGCUGGAUGACGAAGACAAUCCAGCCUAUGUGGACGAAUACAUGGUUUUCCAGGAAGUGAUGACCAAUCUACCCAACGUAGAUCCCAACUGGUACAGUAUGCUUACCAGGAAUCUGAAACCCGAGGACGCCAAAUCCCUGCAGGAGAUCCUAGUGUUGGCCGAGCAGAAGAAAGCAGCUAAACGUUCCAAGGAGAUUGAAAACAGUGGAGGAUAUCAGUUCACCCAGCAUCAAAUUCCAAGCUCGUUCAACUUUAGUGGCCAACAGUAGUGAGCUCCUUCCAUAAAAACAUACCUCUCUUGAUGAUAAGCUGCGGGGUAAAACAAAAGAACGAAUAUUUUAACGAGAAAAUUUGCAGAAAAAGCUACAAAAAUCCUGUAUAAAGCAACUUUAGGGAAAACGAAACUUCUUUAACCAGUAAAGCUAUCAAUUGUAUCUCGUUAAGAGUAAUGUAUUUUUGUCUCGUAUAGAAAUAGUGAAAACAAUAAAAAUUGGUUCUUUCACACUCACACACAUGUAAAUCAUCAUUGUUAAUGGGCCAUCCAGGAAACUACCGAGAGAUAGAAAAAAAAAUCGGAGAACGCCAAGUUGCAGCAGUUGAGAGAUUGUUUCUGUUAUCGUAAAAAAACGAGAUAAAAGUUGGAAUAAUUUGCUUUCCGUUCGCAUGAGUUUUAAUUACAUAUACAAAUACCUACUAUUGUUUAUGCAUGCAUUGAACAUACAAACCUACUAAAUGAUAUCUUUAACUGGUGCACGCAAAUGCUGCGCUUAGGAACAAAACAAAAUAUAUCAGGGAUCACCAUCAGCAAAGCUUGCUAAGCAGACGAAAAAAAAAAGAAUGUCAUAUAGAUUAAACUCACAUGCAGUUAUUAGACCUCUUAAUUAAUUCCAAUGUCAAGUCCAUAGUUCAUAUUCAAGUACCUAGGAAGAAAAAAAAAACUUUGCUUUUAUUGACACCGGGAAUAUAUUCAAACAGAACGAGCUAGUACUGAACACUGAAACAACUUCAUUUCCUAUAUUUUGUCGAAAUUAACAGCAUGGAACAUCCGAAAAAUACAUCCGUUUUAUAAUUUAUUAUACAAAUCACAAUGAUCGAA